AUGGGUGCUGUCGGACAAAUGGAUAAGAUUACUGGGACUGAAAAGCCAUCACUUUUCAAGUUUGCCGACAAAGAUGGUUACGCAUUAGGUGCUGAACCUCCUCUUGCAUCCAACCGCUUGACAUACAACACCGAUGACGCGUCGACCCUGGAGCGAUUCAAGAUCCGUGAGCUUUGUGAGGGCUGGCCGCUCCAUCGCGAUGCCUGCGAGUGGACUGAUCUCCGGGAAAUAUUCGACCCCAAUGCGUUUAUCAACAUUAGCUGGCAGCAGAACUAUCGGGACAAAGCUAUUGAGACCUGGGCUGAAGGUUGGGCCAAGGGCGAGUUCAUCUGCCAUCGCGUGCUUGGUCACGCAGUGGAUAUCAAAGGUGACCGUGCCAUCGAUAAGAUGAAGGUCACGAUCUCCUGGCGUUUUGCCGAUGAGAAUGGAGUCGAGUGGGACAGUGAUUGUGAUUGUCGCUUUGUAUUCUUCUUGGGGAAACAGUCCCAGGGAUGGAAGAUCUUCUGCAAUCAUCCAAUCUACGAGAAGGAUAAACUGGUGCCCGUGGACGCGACCCGGCUUCCGACAAUCGACCAUGAGUCCUUAGCCAAGGAGCCUAAGGGCUACCAGUUUCUGUCCUAUGGUAUGCGUCGAUUAGGGUAUCCGAUAAAGCAGAACCUUCCUCAAUUAUUUGGAAAAGAGCGUGAUGCCCUAUAUCAGGAAAUGAUCGAGUGGAUAAAUGGUAAGGAUAUCGAUUUUUCUCGAGACAAUUUUUGA